AUGCCGUCAUCCAAGCAGUCGAGCUCCGCGCCAUCCAACUCCCAGCCGUCGUACAACCAGAUGGCCAAGGAAUCCGGGUUCAAAGACCAAUACGACCUCACGACCUCUUACGGACUCAACCCUCAUAAGAGUGAUCAGGCCGCCGAGGGCAGAGCUAUCUCUGAAGCACUUUACAAGGCCGGCUCUAGCUCUAAGAAAUGA